AUGACGAGCACUAUCGGUAUUCCAAUCAAGCUCCUCAACGAGGCAGCAGGUCACAUUGUCACGCUCGAGAUCACAUCUGGCGAAGUCUACCGCGGCAAGCUGAUUGAAGCCGAGGACAACAUGAACGUACAGCUGAAAGACAUUACUGUAACCGCCCGCGACGGCCGCGUCUCACAUCUCGAACAAGUGUACAUCCGAGGAAGUCAUGUGCGGUACUUCAUCGUCCCAGACAUGUUGAGGUAA